ACUUUUAUUUGCAUAUUUUCUAAUUCUUAAAACUUCUGUGUCUUGUUAUUUAAAUAGAUGAUAAACUACAGGAGUAGUGUGAUUAUUUUUAGCUUUUGUGUAAUAAUUAGUUGAGAUUUUUAGUUCAAUUAGUAAAAAGAAAAUGUACCAUUUUUUAAAUAUGUUUCAAAUUUAAUUAGAAUAUGAUUUGAAAUUUGGAAUCGGCCAUCUGGCAACACUGAAACAGCUGACCAGCCGGCAGUGCUGUAAAGCGUUCAAAAUGAAUGAGUGAAAAAUAAAAAAGUGACGUUUGCAUUGUGUAGUUGUUUUUUUUUUGUUGGUUUUUCGUUCGUUUUUGGUUGCUUUAUUCGACGGCCAUUCGUCAUCGUUGGCGCGGCGAUUGUAAGUCCGUGAAAGAUUGGCCCUAUUCCGUAUUCCACGCCGUGGAGUUUGACCUUUUUGCCGCGUUUCAAUAACUUCCGGGCAUCGUCGCUGCUCUUUCCAAUUGUUGUUGUGCUCCUUCCGUUCUGGCACGAUCGAAAACGCUUCCCCUUCAUGUUGAGUUGUGCCUGAAGAUGUUGUGAUGGCGAAGAUGGCAUCGGGAGAUCUUUCGCUGACCAGCACGAGCAGUCAGGAGGAAGAGAGCUCGGAAUAUGUGGGCUAUGACAGCACCCUCCGGCCGCCGUCGAACUCCAGCGGCAGCACCACGGCGGCCAACAUGGCCAACAACAACGGGCCCUCCAAGGUGGUCAACAGCUCCGGCGUCUCCUCCGGCAACGGCAAGAAGUAUGACCUGCUGCAGGCGCAGUACGAGUCCGCGCUGCUGGAACUGGGGAAGCUGCGCCACCAGAACGCGAACAGCAAACACCGCUGCGACGAGCUGACCUCCGAGCUGAGGCUCUACCAGGAGCACUACAUGGCCGACCGGAACAUUGUGGCGGAGAGUGCACGGCUGAAGCGGCUGCUGUUGGAGAACCAGCAGGGCCAGGGCCAGAACGGCAACAGCCAGGCUCCGCCGGGGGCCAGCGGGAAUCCCUACUACUUCGGCAAGGCCCAGGGAUGUGACGGCAACUGCAGCGAGAAGAUCGCGGAGCUGAAGAAGGAGCGGAACAUGGUAGCUGUGGAGCGCGAGAAGUACAAAAAGUCCUACAUCGAGCUGGAGAAGGAGCACAGCUACUACCGCGAACGGAGCGAGGAGAACCAGACCCUCAAGCUGCUGCUCUCAAAGGAAACCAAGAACGUGGUGUCGCUGAACGAGGAGCUGAACCAACUGCUCUCCGAGAAGGAUAAUGUGCUGCAGGAGCACCAGAAGAUGUCGGACGACCUGGUCCUGGCCAACAAGGAGAUCGAGCGACUGAAGAAGGACGAGCAGCUGGCCCGGGGCGAGAUAAAGGCUCUCCAGAUCGCCAAUGCGGAGCUGAAGAAGAGGGACCUGCUGAAGUCCCGCGAGAGCUCCUGGUCGAAGGAGUUCCCCAGCGGCAAGGAGCUGGAAAACAGCAAGGAGCUGGAGAAACUGCGGAAGAGCCUGGAAAAAGCCCUCUCCGAGGUGGAGCGUUCCAGCCAGGACGCCGAGGAGGCCAAGCGAGUGCGAGACUGGGCCAUUUCCCAGCGCGAGAAGAUUGUCCAGGAGCGCGACUCCGUCAAGACACUGUGCGACAAGAUGCGCCACGAACGCGACAAAGCCAUCUCCGACUCCCUGAUGGCCAUCCGCGACAGCGAAAAGAUCAAGAAGCAGAAGGACGAGGCCCAGAAGAAGAUCGAUGUGCUGAAGGAGCAACUGGAGCAGCAGGAGCGGCACAAUCUGGACAGCAGUGCCUCGGGCUCGCGUCGCAGCUUCCGGCUAAGCAGCUACGAGGGCGAGGACCUCCUGGAAGUGGAGCUCUCCGGCUACGAGCACACCUCCGACCUGGGCAUCAUUCUCGACGACAGCAACAAACGGAAGCUGGUCUGUGGGGUGACCAGCAGCUCGCCCGCCUGCGGCAAGCUCAAGAUCAACGAUGUCAUCUGCAAGGUGAACAACCUGGACUGCCAGUCCCUCUCCAAGCGCAUGGUGCUCGACGAGAUCCGGGCCUGUGCCCCGCGCUCGCUGCUCUUGGUCUCCCGGACGCGCCACAGCAAGCGACACGCCUACUCCGUCCACUUGAAGAGCCGGGACCGCGAUGUUCCGCACGGUCUGCAGCUCGACAUGGGCGUGUUCAUCGCCAAGAUCGAGCAGAACUCUCUGGCGUUUUAUGAGCCGGAACUGGACGUUGGCGAUCGGGUCCUGAGCAUCAACAACAAGUCCAUGGACUCGGUGCAGUCCAUCGAGGAGGUGAUGCAGCUGCUGAACGAUCCACGGAGCGACGGGCUGAACCUCUUCGCUCUGAAGUACGUGCAGGACCAACUGCCGCCGGGCAUGACCACCUCGUCGGCCCAAACAGACUCCAUCGACUCCAUGCAGCAUGUCAGCGGAAGCAGUGGUGGAGGUGGUGGAGGCAGCGGAGCUAGUAGCGCCACCAAACAUCCGUCCAAGUUCGCCGAGUUCUUUUUCCGAAAACUGAAGUUCAGCAAGCCCGGCACGCCGGAGGAUAACUUCGAGCAGGAGCACGACGACGCCAUCGCUGCCUUGGACUCGGUUCUCUGCGAGAGCAGCUCGGAGAAGAGCAAGGAGAACCUGUUCAACCGCAAGAAGCGCACCAAGAAGGAGAAGGAGGCCUCGAAGAGCAUGGGCACCUGGCCCCGGACGAACAUCUCGCACGACAAUCCCACUGGGACGAUGCGGGGCAACGAGAAGAAGCGGGCUCUGAUGUCCCUGUUCACAGCUGGUCCCAUCAAUGUGGACAAGGACGACGAACUGGUACCCGACACAAUGGUUGGGCAGCCGGAGAAGCAGCCGCCGACCAUGCUGCAGGAGCAACUGCCACCACCAUUGCCGCCACAGAUGUCCAAGCCGAUGGCCCACAUCCGGGGGCCCAAUGGGAGUGCCAUCAAGACGCACCCCAACCGGAACUCCAACCCUGUGAGCUCGGGGCACUCGGCCCUGUUCCCCCAGGGAACUGGCGGCGGCAUGCCCAUGAUGGGCUACCCCAGGCACUCGCUCUACGGAGGAGCUAUGUCGCCGGAAGAAGUCGGAGGCCAGAAGCCGUUGCAGCGAACUGCCCCGCUGAUGGGCGCCAAUGCCAGGGUGAAGAUGCCCUCGCAGGAGCGCUACGGAUCUCGGCCGCACAGCAACCAUCGGCUCUCCCUGAACAUCACGCCCAGUGGCGACUUCUAUCAGCCCAAGACCAGUGGCCAGCAGGCCCAGCAGCAGGUGAUGAACGCCUCCUCGGCUUCCGCCGGAGGUCUGGGAGUGGGCGAAGGUGGCGGCGUGACUGGACCGGCGGCCGGAGAGUUUCCGGUGCGCAAGCAGCAGGUCUUUGACGUCUUCCAUCCGCCGCCGCUGCCCAAGACGAGCUCCGGAUCCAAUCCCAAUGCCGUCUUCAUGCCCCUGAAUCCGUCGCGAUCGAACCACCCCGCGGACGUGGCCUCCCUCAAGUCGCAGAACUCCAUCGAGUCCAUCCUGUCGGCCAAGAGUCCGGGGAUCAGCGACUACGCGAUAUACGGAAAGCGGUAUGUGCCCAUGCCGCAGGCGGUGAGGCAUGUCCCGAAGUACCCGAGUGACAGCGAGAGCAUCGGCUCCGGCAUCCAGGGCGGCUAUGGGGGCGUGAUACAGUCCACCCACAUGCCGGGCAAUCGGCACACCCAGCUCUUUCCGACCUUCGCACCCGGGGUGAGGAGCAACCGGCGGUCCAGUCCACUGACCUUGCCUUCGCCGCCACCGCAGCAGAUGCAGCAACAGAUGCCGCCAGUGGGCAUCCCCAACGACAGCGUGGGCAUACCCACCGACCUGGAGUACCAUCCCCAGCUGCCGCAUCCACAUCCCCAUCCGCAUGCAGCCUACCUGGACUAUAACCACGCCCCCUUUCCGUACAUGGGCAUGGGCGCGGGCGGAGUGGUGGGAGGAACUGUGUCCGGGGUGUCGGGAGGGAUGUACGAAGGGGGAACAUUUCCGCGCAAGAAGGACAACCAGCGGCUGAGGAUCCCCUCGAAUCCCAGCGUGGCCAGCAAGAGCAGCAGCAUGGUGAAGAACAGCUCGGGCAGCAUCGACCACCACUAUGUGACCAGCGCGACGCCGGCCUCGGCAGGAUCCAUGUCGGCCUCCUCCUCCGACCGGGCGCCCAUGUCCCUGAUGAGCUCCAGCAUGCACAACAGCUAUGUGGCCGGAGGCAAUGGUACUGGAUCGGCAGUGGGAGUAUCGGGCGGAGGCGGAGGCGGCGGUGGUGGGGGCGGCAGUGGCCGUGGCUCACCUAUGCCCCAGGUCCACGUGGAGGUGCUGAGCCACGGCGGCGGGGCCAGUGGCAAGCGUAGCUCGAAUGUGCCCGCGGAUUUUCUGUGCCCCGGAGACCUUAGAAGAGUCACCAUCGACAAGCGCGACAAGUCGCUCGGUAUCACCAUACAGUGCAACAACAAUGGCGGCGGCAUCUUUGUUGCCACCGUCACCGACAAAAGCACCGCGAUGCGUGCCGGUCUCCAGGUGGGCGAUCAACUCUUGGAAGUUUGCGGCAUUAAUAUGCGAGCGGCAACGCAGGAGAUAGCAGCCAAUGUGCUGCGACAGUGCGGCGAUUCCUUCACCAUGCUGGUCCAAUAUAAUCCGGAGAAAUUCCCUUCAAUGGAGUACGAGGGAGCUCACAAUCUGGAACAAGAAUCUCCCGUCAACCACUCGGGCUCUCCCACGCCGCGCAACUCGCCACGUCCUCCGGCGCGGAACUCCAUCUUCCCCUUGCCUCUGCAGCCCGUCCAGCCACCAUCGACGAGGCUGGGAUCGAGGGCUCCGCUCUCCCAUCAGUCCAUCAAGGAUCAGAGCUUCACCGACAGCCUGGAGAACCAGUCGGACAUAAGCAGUAGCCAGGAUAUGCCCUCCUCGGCGGCCACCACCACCACAACAACGGCAUCCGCCACGUCCACGGUUUAUGAUGAGGAGCCGAAGCCCGCCAUGCCGUUGCCACCGCCGCCCACCUCCGUGCCGGCAGAGACUCUGAGGUAUGUCACGUUGCACAUGGACAAGUCCAAGAACCUGGGCAUCAAGCUGUUCGGCGGAAACAAAGUGGGCAUCUACGUCCACGACGUGGCACCUGGCUCCCCAUCGGAUCAUGCCGGCAUUCGCAAGGGCGACCAGAUACUCGAGUACAAUGGUGUUGACCUGAGCGGUGUGACCGCCGAACAAGCCGCCAACGAGAUCUCCAAGCUGACGGACACGGUCACCAUGCUGGUGCAGAACAAGCUACACACCCUCAAGCAAAUCAAGGAUGAGCCCGGGGACUCGUUUUACAUCCGAGUGGGGUUUGAUCGCACUGGGGAGCUGAACGAGGACGACUUGCGGUUCGUCAAGGACGAGGUGCUCUACGUGGACAACACGGUUUUUAAUGGCACCUUUGGCUUUUGGCGCGCCUGGAAACUGGAUGCCAUGGGCCAUCGCAAGGAGUGCGGCAUCAUUCCCAGCCAAAUGAAGGUGGAGGAGGAGCUGCGAUCGGGCGAGGUGGUGGACUGCGAUACGGGAACUGCCAGACGGGGCAGCACUUCGGCCCGCCGAUCGUUUUUUCGUCGCAAGAAGAACCAACGCAGCUCGUCCCGCGACUCCACGGAGAUUGCCAGCUUCAGCAAUACACAGCUCAGCUUCUUUCCAGACCUAGGCCUUCUCAGCGACGAUGGCGGGGCGUUGAGCUACCAGCGCGUGGAGCUGCUAGACUCACCCAUCCGCCGGCCUGUCUUGAUCAUUGGUCCUCUGUCGGAGUGCGUCAUGGACCGCCUGACCAUUGACUUUUGUAAUCUGUUCAAGUUGUGCGAGGUGACCGCCAUGGACUGCUCCCAGGAGGCCAUGGAGGAGAGCCUCAAGGAGAACAUAAUCGUGGACUACCGACGGCGGGGCAACAAGUUCGAGUGCACCACCGUCGAAGCAAUCAGCAAUGCUUGCAAAAAUGAUCGACGUCACUGUAUCCUGGAUGUUUCCAUUUCCGCUGUGGAACGACUGCAGCGCCUGCAAAUCUAUCCAAUUGUUCUGCUCUUGCGCUUCAAGUCGGCCAAGCAGAUUCGGGAGAUUCGCGACUUCGGCACCGACAAGAUCUCCGCCAAGGCGGCCAAGGAGAUGUACGAGAGGGCCAUGAAGCUGGAGACAGACUACAAGCAGUACAUAUCUGCCGUUAUACCCGGUGUGAGCAUCAAACACAUGUGCACCCAAAUCAAAGACGCCGUCGACAAGGAGCAGGACAAGCUGCUCUGGGUGCCCGUUUCAAUAGCCUGAUCCUGGAGCUUCCUAGUUUAAGUAAUUAGCACACAAUGCGACACUCACUUUUAGUAUUUUUUCAACGCGCAUCAAUCAAGUAUCAAGUUCGUAUUCGUUUUCGUUAAACGCAGAGUAUUCAAUGGGCGUCCGACCUGCUGGCGCGGUAUUUCUACCUGUUUCUUGUCUCUGUCAUCUUAUUUAUGUCCGUAGUUGUAGUCUAUAUCUGUCCGAUCCGGCGACAAACCACACUUUAUAUGUAUAUCCAUAUAUCUGGAGGUAUUUGGAGAGCAGCAUGCUAAGCCGAAAGUCUGUUUAUAUGCAAUUUAUUAUUAUGUAUUUGUUAGUACAUACUUUAUAUUUUUUUAUCGACCUGAACGAUUGAGGAAUAAACUGGUGGCAAUAGAUUGGCUUUAAAUUUAAAUUGAAA